CGUUGCCGGGCGGAGGGGACUGUGAGCGGCCAUGCACUGGGGAUGGCACUGACAGUUGUGGCAGUGGUGAUGUCGAGAAAGAGAAGGAAAAAGAGAGGAAUAGAGAGAAAUAGGGAGAAGCGAGAGAGGGGCGAAAUCGCCGGUCGGAGGGAGCUACGCCGGCGAGGUGACAGCAGAUUUUGGCGUAGUGGGAGAGGCGGACAUGGUUGCAAAGCUGGUAGCAAUCCUUAUCGUCGGAGUCCUCGCCGUAGCCCUUCCGGGGCCCGUGCUGGCUCAGAACUGCGGCUGUGACGCUGGCCGGUGCUGCAGCUGCCAAGCCGGUCCGUGUUUUACGACGCCUGGUAGUAAUGUCUCGGUUCCGGAUGUUGUGACAGAGGGAUUCUUUGAUGGGAUAAUUGAUCAAGCUGAUGCGAGCUGUGCCGGAAAGAACUUCUACACCCGGGCGGCGUUUCUGGAUGCUUUGAAGUCGUAUCCUCGGUUUGGCACGGCAGCUUAUGUGGAUGAUGCUCUCUAUGAGAUAGCAGCCUUCUUUGCACAUGUCACACAUGAGACUGGACACUUUUGUUACACACAGGAGAUUGAUGGUGCCUCGAAGGAGUAUUGUGAUGAGACCGAUGCACGGUAUCCAUGUGUGUCCGGGAAGGAUUAUUAUGGUCGUGGGCCGAUUCAACUAUCGUGGAACUACAACUACGGUGAAGCUGGGGAGAGCAUUGGGUUUGAUGGCUUGAACAAUCCUGAAAUAGUAGCAACCGAUGCUGGCAUAUCAUUUAAGUCUGCCCUGUGGUUUUGGAUGAGCUAUGUGCACUCUGUCAUAGGCCAAGGGUUCGGUGCGACGAUUCGGGUUAUUAAGAGUGAUGAUUGCAAUGGGGGAAACCCUGCUGCUGUCAAUGCCCGUGUCGAGUAUUUUACAGAAUACUGCAAUGAACUUGGUGUUUUGCCCGGGGAUAAUCUCACUUGCUAGUUCCGGGUGUAAUUAAUAAUUAGCUUUUCCCAAUUAUAUUGUUUCAAUCUUUAUUUCGUUAAUUACAAGAAUUAAAUUCCAAUGAUUAAUGUUCCAAACCCUUGUUAUUA